AUGUCUCCAGAAGUCAUCGACCGUGUGAGAGGCGCGCUCUUCGGCGUGUACAUUGCUGACGCACUGUCGAUGCCGGUGCACUGGUACUAUGACACCAGCGCGCUGAGGCGCGACUUUGGGAGGAUCACGACUUUCCAGGCCCCCAAAGAGCGCCACCCAGGUAGCAUCAUGAGUGUGAGUAACACAGGAGGCCACGGGCGCGGCGACCAGAAAGGACGCAUCAUCGGCGAUGUCAUCAACCACGGCAAGCACGAGUUUUGGGGCAAGCAGGGCGGCAUGAAGGCGGGCGAGAACACGCUCAACGCGCUUUGCACCCGCCUGGUCACUCGCGACAUCACCGCCAACGGCGGCAGCUACUCUCCCUCCAGCUUCCUCAAGGCCUACGUCAAGUUCAUGACUACACCAGGGUCGCACAACGACACGUACGCAGAGUCCUUCCACCGGGACUUCUUCCGCAACUGGGCUGCCGGGGUGCCGCCAGAGGACUGCUCAAAGGGCACGGAGGAUCACAACACGGCCAGCAUCGGCGGCUUUGUCAUGCUGCCGCCCGUGGUGUUUGCCAACCUGGCGUCGGGCCGGGAGGCGGCGCGCAAGGCGGCGGUGACGCACCUGGGGCUGACCCACGAGAGCAGCAAGCUGGCCGUCCUGGCUGGGGAGUACGCGGAGCUGCUGUACGACAUGGCCACAGGGGCGCAAGACCUGCGCAGCGCAGCGGUGGACGCGGCCAAGCUGGUGCGGGCCGACCUGCCCUCCAUUGCGACGCGCGGCUACGACGACACCAGCGUCAUCCACGGCAUCUUUGGCAGCGCCUGCUACAUCACGGACUCCUACCCGUCCAUGUUGUACCUGGCCUACAAGCACGCGGACUCCUUUGAGGACGCGGUGCUGGCCAACACCAACGCUGGCGGGGAGAACUGCCACAGGCAAGGCCGGGGGAUCGGCAGCACCCAAAUUUGUGUCCGCGCAAUCACGGGCGCGGCGCUGGGCGCCCUUAUGGGCGCUGCCCUGGGCGAGAAGGCGAUCCCGCGGCGCCUGGUGGAGGGCCUGGCGGACUACCCGGACAUCAAGCGCGAGAUCGACGCGUUCUGCGAGGCCGCGCUUGGGACGGGCCAGCGGGCGACUGCUGCUGCGGCAGCUGGCGAGCUGUGA